UUCUUUAAUUUAUUCAGUGCGAAAACAAAGAAACAAAAAUGAAUGCCAGAUAAAACGAUGGUAAAUCACUUUUCUAAAUAUAUAAGCCAGUCCACUCGUGUAAUUUUAUAUCUCUGCAAGCCUCAAUGCGGCUGCUUCAUUUUGGCUUUUUAUAGAUUAGACCUUCAUGUGUUUCCACUUCACUUCACGGGUCCUGAUUCUCUUUAUAUGUCCAACAAGGGCAAUUUGUCCCCAACGAACUUCCACUUGCUCCACUCUUUGUCUUAAGCUACAUCACAGUCCAAAGUUCCAAAAAUCAUGCCUGUCCUUACUUCCUCUUCUUCUGUUUCUUCUUCGUUUGCAUUCACUUGUUUGACCAUUUUCUUGCUGCUUAUUCUGCACAAUAGUACUGCAAUUUCCUCAUCCAAAACCGCCGCCAAUGUGACUCAUCAAAGCCGCCAACUCUCGGUUAAUUACUAUGCCAGAUCAUGUCCUCAACUUGAACAACUUGUCGGAUCCAUCACAUCCCAACAGUUCAAAGCAUCGCCUGUGUCCGGCCCGGCAACCAUUCGCCUUUUCUUCCACGACUGCUUUGUCGAAGGCUGCGACGCAUCGAUAAUCAUAAACUCAGAGCCGGGCAACAAAAUGUUGGCCGAGAAGGAUGCAGCUGAUAACAAGGACCUGAGACAGGAAGGUUUUGAAAGCGUGAUGAAAGCCAAAGCUGUGGUGGAGAGCAGAUGUCCUGGUGUCGUGUCUUGUGCAGACAUACUUGCAAUUGCAGCCAGAGAUUAUGUCCACUUGGCAGGGGGUCCAUACUAUCAAGUUAAGAAAGGGAGGUGGGAUGGAAAAAUAUCAAUGGCUUCGAGAGUGCCCUCUAAUAUUCCCCAAGCAAAUUUCACAGUGGAUCAGCUACUCAGACUCUUCAAUUCAAAAGGGCUAACACUUGAAGACUUGGUUGUUCUUUCUGGUGCACAUACAUUCGGCUUUGCUCAUUGCCAGAACUUUGUAAGCAGGCUGUAUGACUACCGGGGCUCGAAGCAGCCCGACCCAGUUAUCGACCCGAGACUCCUGAGGGCCCUAAGAAUGUCAUGCCCACAUUAUGGUGGAAAUGCCGACGUUGUUGCACCAUUUGAUGUGACUACGCCGUUUGUGUUUGAUCAUGCUUAUUACGGGAAUUUAGAGGCUAAACUGGGAUUGCUAGCUUCAGACCAAGCUCUAUCUUUGGACCCAAGAACCAAGCCAAUUGUCCAGGCUCUGGCACAAGAUAAACAAAAAUUCUUUCAAGCUUUUGCGGCGGCCAUGGAGAAAAUGGGUUCAAUAGGUGUGAAAAGAGGAAGAAAGCAUGGGGAGAAAAGGAAGGAUUGUAGCCUGCAUAUGUUAUGAUAUAUUUUUAUUUGUUUUGAAUUACUCAAUUGAAUCUUUAUUUUUAUUUUUUUAUUUUUUUUUAUUUUUAAAGAGAGACAACUAGUGGCAUGCCAUCGUGAUCCACCUUUUUCAGAGCCGGGAAAGACUCAAUUGAAUCUUGGGUAACUCUGUUUUCUUGGGUUACCCUUGGUUCGGCCUUUUUCUUCUCUUUUUCGUCGUCUUGGUUUGUUGUAUAUUGCUAGCCUAGCUACACGUUCAACGACCUUUGUAAUAUUACUAUGGAAUGCCGCCAACAUUUGAUGCUUUUAUCGA